AUGGACUUCAUCGUCCACAAGAGCACGGUCAGCAACGACCAAAUCUCUCUUGAGGACCGCGUUCAGGUCCUCGAGUCUGAGAAAAAGAAAAACCUGAUGACCAAGAGUCAGGUAAAAAACUUGAUCCAGGCCGCCUUGGCUCAGCACAAGGCGGACCAUGAGAACCUCAAAAAGGAGGUUGGAACCAAGAGUCAAGAGCUGGAGGAGGUUGGCAUCAAGUGUCAAGAGCUGGAGGAGAAGGUAGAGGUGCUGGCGUCGGAGAACGAGCGCCUGAAGCUUGCUGUCCAAUGGAGCAAGUGCCUCGUCUUCGGACUGAUUUUUGCUGCCAUAGCAGUGGCGAUGGUGACUAUCUGGCACUUCACUGGAGACGGGCUCACCGAGUGGGCCCGUCAUCCAAACGAAGUCCCAGAAUGGCUGGUGGACUACCUCAAGCUCCGCCAAACCAUCACCAUCGAGCCCCCUCUCCAUUGGCUAGACAAGGCCAAGCUUGGUGUCUCGAACUUCGUGAUACAUACCUUCUCUUUGCCGCCUCUUGAUCAUCUACCAACGCCUCCAACGCCGAUCAAGGUCACGGACGUUUUAGGUGAUCUUGGGGCCAAAUUCUGGCAUGCAGUUCUCAGCGCCAACAAGGACUGGAUCUGCGGGUCGACGAUGCCGACUUCUUGGAAACAGAAAGGCUCGCAGAUCAUUUUGGUGCUCUCUGGCAAUUGGAAGGAAGAAGUCUCGAAGACGAUCGCUUUGUGGCUCUCCAAGAGCUGGAAGGAAGCAUUGUCCAAGACGAUCGCUUCACUGCUUUCCGGAAACUGGAAGGAAGCAGGUUCCGCGAUCCUCACUCUCUGGCAUCAUGCAGACGAAGCAAGCGCGGUCGCUGAAGUUGCUGAAGUUGCCGAAGCUGCCAAAGUUUCCGGUUGGAUCAGUGCGGUGGCACUACAUGUGCCAAUGAUCUUUGCCUGA